UAAAAAUCCGCCAAAUGUCAAAUUUCGAUGCAAACAGGGAAUCCUUUCUUUCAAAAACAAAAAGGUUUAUCAACGAAUCAAAGGUCAAACGGAGUAGAGAUCAAGUCUUUGAGCCUAUGACUAACCAAGAAGAAGACAAAGAAAAUAAACCAAUUUUGGCUAAAUCCUCAUUCAAGAAGCUUGAUUCAGGGAUGCAGGACCUAAUAGAGCACAUAGAGGCCACUAAUAAAUAAGUACAAAAAGGCUGAUGAAGAACUAAAGAAGAAGAGUAAGAAUUUAGAAAGGAAAUAAUGCUAAACUAAAAGAGUUCUCUGAAAUGGAAAAACAACUUCAACUUACCAAAAUUAAGAGACUUAAGCUCAUGAUUGAGAAAGAGAGAAAAAGGGCUGAAGAAAGCCAUUCCUUACUUCAAAGGUCGAUACAGCAGAGAGACGAGGUGGUUGUCAAAGUAGAAGAUCAGCGUAAAUAAGAAUAUACAGAAGAAAGCAGAAUAUGAGCGAAAAUUUCACACUGAAUUCUCUACUCUACAAGCAGAGGUUCAGUCACUGAAGAAUAAAAGAGAGAAGGUUAGGCAUAAGUAUGAACUGAACCAGGAAGCUAUAAAGGAAAUAGAAUCUGAUGUUAGAGAAUAUAAGACUAACAUCAACCAGAUGAAGACAGAGAUGGCAGUAAUGCAAGAGAAUGAUUUUCAACUUUCCCUUUAUCAAAAAUUACUCAGAAAUAAAAUUCAUGAGCUGAAAGGAAAUAUCCGAGUUUUCUGCAGGAUAAGACCAGUCCUGGAGUCUGAUGACCCUGAUGAUAUAGUAUGUAAGUUAGGAGUCAACCAAGUCAUGAAGAUCAGAAAUUUUCAUAAUCUUGAGGUAAACACUAGUAGUUUUAUUGGCAAGGAAAUAUCUCAAAAAGUAAGUAGGAAUUCUAUUGCAAGACAAACCUUCGAGUUUGAUGCAAUUUUUGGAGCCGAAUCUACUCAAGAAGAGUUCUUCAAGGAAAUCCAUCAUUUAGUCUUAAGUGCUCUUGAUGGGUACAAAGUCUGUAUAUUUGCCUAUGGCCAAACAGGAUCAGGGAAAACACAUACUAUGGAAGGUGACAUAGAAAGCGAAGAAGAUAGGGGUAUCAUUCCCAGAGCAAUAGAAGCACUUUUUGAAAAUAUUACUAAGAUGGAAGAAUUAGGCUGGGAAUUCAAGAUUAAAGUAUCUUUCCAAGAAAUCUACCUUGAUGAAGUUCGAGAUCUGCUUCUUACUGGAAACUCAAUGAAGCAGAUCAAUAAAGCAAUGAAAUAUGAGCCAACAAUUGUAGAAGUCGAUAAAAUAGAAACAGUACUUUAUUUACUAAACACAGCUAAGCACAAUAGAUCUGUCGCUGAAACUUCAGCUAACGCUAGAUCUUCUCGAAGCCACAGUAUUUUCCAACUUUUAGUCGAAUCUCGAACAGACUCUGUUAUUGGAGGAAAAGAACUAAAUGGUGCAAUUAACUUAAUAGAUCUUGCUGGAAGUGAAAGAAUCCAUAAAAUAGCUAAUGCUAAGAACAAUAAAGAACGAAAGAAAGAGUCAACUGAAAUUAAUAAGAGUCUGACAUCAUUAAGAGAUGUAAUCACAUCUCUUAAAAAUAGAGACAAAUUUGUACCAUAUAGGAAUUCGAAGCUGACAUAUCUACUGCAACCCCAUUUAAGUGCUAAGUCUGCUAAAACUUUGAUGAUCGUGAAUGCGUCUCCUCUGGCAUGUCAUGCUUCAGAGACGAUAAAUUCCCUGAAGUUUGCAUCACAAGUAAACUCAUGAAUCAUGAAAGAUGGGAAGUUAACUCCAUCUUUUAAAAAGUAA